GGCGUGGCCCGCUGCCUUGGAAACGCGGUGCGCGUGCUCCCGACGGGAGCUGCGGGGCAGAGGCGGGGUCUCGCGGCUAGGGAAGGGGUUGCUCCGGGGUCAAGAUGCUGUGCGCCCGGAGGGUGGGCGGGCUCGGAACCCGGGCGGCGGCUGCGUGGCCCGAGCGAGCGGGCUUGGGUCGCCUCGGAGCCAGAAUCCGGGCCCGAGGGGUCAGCACCAGCUGGUCCCCGGUGGGCGCCGCCUUCAAUGUCAAGCCCCAGGGCCGCCGCCUGGACCUGUUCGGCGAGCGCCGGGGUCUUUUUGGAGUUCCUGAGCUCAGUGCCCCUGAAGGAUUUCAGAUCGCCCAGGAAAAUGCCUUGAGAAAGGCGGACUCGCUCGUGGCACGCGUGUGUUCCCUGCCACCCGGGCCCCGGACGGUGCUCCUUUUCGACGAGCUCUCGGACUCCUUGUGCAGGGUGGCCGACUUGGCCGAUUUUGUGAAAAUUGCCCACCCCGAGCCCGCGUUCCGGGAGGCGGCGGAAGAAGCCUGUAGAAGUAUUGGCACUGCAGUAGAAAAGUUGAACACCAAUGUGGAGUUAUAUCAAAGUUUGCAGAAGUUGCUAGCCGACCCAAAACUCGUGGAUUCCCUGGAUCCAGAGACGCGGCGAGUGGCCGAACUGUUUAUGUUUGAUUUUGAAAUCAGCGGAAUCCAUCUAGACAAAGAGAAGCGUAGGAGAGCAGUGGACCUGAACGUUAGAAUCUUGGAUCUGAGCAGUACGUUUAUCAUGGGAACCCACUUUCCCAACAAGAUCGAGAAGCAUCUCUUACCAGAACACAUUCACCAAAACUUCGUAGUCACCGGAAACCAUGUGGUCGUCGAUGGCCUACACGCAGAGGCUCCGGACGACUUGGUGCGAGAAGCCGCCUAUAAAAUUUUUCUUUAUCCCAAUGCUGGUCAGCUGCACUGUUUGGAGGAACUGCUCAGCAACAGGGACCUUCUGGCAAAGUUAGUAGGGUACUCCUCGUAUGCCCACAGAGCUCUCCAGGGAACAAUUGCCAAAAAUCCAGAGACGGUCAUGCAGUUCCUUGAGAAGCUGUCAGACAAACUUUCGGAAAGAACUCUAAAAGACUUUGAGAUGAUACAAGGGAUGAAAAUGAAACUGAAUCCUCAAAAUUCUGAAUUAAUGCCUUGGGACCCCCCCUACUACAGCGGGGUAAUUCGUGCGGAGCGGUAUAAUAUUGAGCCCAGUUUAUACUGUCCAUUUUUCUCCCUCGGAGCCUGCAUGGAAGGCCUUAAUAUUUUGUUUACCAGACUGUUAGGGAUCACGUUGUUCGCAGAGCAGCCUGCCCGAGGAGAGGUGUGGUGUGAAGACGUCCGCAAGCUGGCUGUGGUUCAUGAGUCUGAAGGACUGCUGGGGUACAUUUACUGUGAUUUUUUUCAGCGAGCAGACAAGCCACAUCAGGAUUGCCAUUUUACAAUCCGUGGAGGCAGGCUAAAGGAAGACGGAGACUAUCAGCUCCCAGUCGUAGUUCUUAUGCUGAAUCUCCCCCAUCCCUCAAGGAAUUUACCAACUUUAUUAACUCCUGGAAUGAUGGAAAAUCUCUUCCAUGAAAUGGGCCACGCCAUGCAUUCUAUGCUGGGACGCACUCGUUACCAACACGUCACCGGGACCAGGUGCCCUACAGACUUUGCUGAAGUCCCUUCUAUCUUGAUGGAGUACUUCGCAAACGACUAUCGAGUGGUUAACCAGUUUGCCAGACAUUAUCAGACGGGGCAGUCCCUGCCCAAAAAUAUGGUGUCUCGGCUCUGUGAAUCUAAGAAGGUGUGUGCGGCAGCCGAGAUGCAACUUCAGGUCUUCUAUGCUGCCCUGGAUCAGAUCUACCAUGGGAAGCACCCGCUGAGGGCAUCGACCACAGACAUACUCAGGGAGACCCAGGAGAGAUUUUAUGGCUUACCAUACGUUCCAAACACCGCCUGGCAGCUUCGCUUCAGCCACCUCGUGGGCUACGGUGCCAAGUACUACUCUUACCUGAUGUCCCGGGCCGUGGCUUCCAUGGUUUGGAAGGAGUGUUUUCAACGAGACCCUUUUAACAGGGCAGCAGGGGAGCGUUACCGCAGGGAGAUGCUGGCACACGGCGGGGGCAAGGAGCCCAUGCUCAUGGUGCAAGGUAUGCUUCAGAAACGUCCUUCUAUUGAUGACUUCGUGAGCGCUCUGGUUUCUGACUUGGAUCCAGACUUCGAAACUUUCCUCAUGGAUUCUGAAUGAUGGAAGCUCCUUGAUCUUUUGAAUCAAGGUCAUGUAGAGAUGAACUUGGUUGUAAGUGUUCCAGCUGUGGGCACUCAUUUCUGGUUCCAGUAUUCACUUCUGUACUAACUUCUGGGAAAGCUUAAACAAAUGGAACUUGGAAUAAAUAAUUUGUUUUAAUUAA